AUGUCUACCCAUUAUGAUGCUUUAAUUAUUGGCUCAGGCCAAGGCGGCACUCCCUUAAGCACCACCUUCGCGCAAGCCAAAUAUAAAACGGCACUGAUUGAAAGCUCACAUGUUGGUGGAUGCUGUAUCAACGAAGGAUGUACUCCGACCAAAACUUUGAUUGCUUCUGGACGGGUCGCAAAUCUUACACGUCGCGGGCCACAGUUCGGUAUAUAUAGCAGUAACGUCUCUGGUGCUAUUAAUAACGAAGUCCGGGUAAAUAUGGAGAUUGUGAGGCAACGCAAACGCGACAUUGUCAACAGCUUCCGGUCUGGAAGUGAGCGUAGAGUACGCGAAGCUGGAGUGGAGUUGAUCAUGGGAACGGCAUCCUUUAGAGACGAGCGCACGAUUCAAGUGCUCUGUGCAGAUGGCGCGCAGAGGGCUCUCACUGCCGAUCGCAUCUUCAUUUGCUGUGGAGAGCGCCCAGCAAUACCGACAAUAGAUGGAUUCAAUCCUGCCUCAUUUCCUCCAGGUGUUAUUCUUGACUCGAGUUCUGUUCAAGAACUUGGAGUGGUCCCGUCGCAUCUGGUGGUUAUUGGAGGAGGAUAUAUCGGGCUCGAAUUUGGCCAACUUUUCCGUCGACUAGGUGCCGCCGUUACAAUUAUACAGCGAGGUGCACAAUUGGUUCCCCGUGAAGAUUCCGAAGUGGCCGAAUCCAUGCUCAAUAUACUACAAGAAGACGGCAUCCAAGUUCUCCUUCAAGCUACACCUACAGCGAUUCGUGCUACUAACAAUCAAGAUUCGGCUGCGGCUGUCGCAUUGUCAGUCGCAGUUUCAAGCCAAGAUAGUCCAUCUGAGCUACUCGCCUCUCAUGUUCUCUUCGCUGCCGGUCGCACGCCUAACACUGAGACGUUGAAUCUAGCUGCAGCAGGCAUCAAUACUACUGCUCGUGGUCACGUCGUUACCGAUACACAGCUGCGCACUACGAACCCUCAUGUAUGGGCACUAGGCGACGUUAAAGGCGGGCCUGCCUUCACACACGUAUCGUAUGAUGAUUUCCGUCUGCUGCGUACUAAUUUACUGGAACAUGGCACACUCACCACAGUAGACCGGAUUUUACCUUAUGUCGUCUAUACCGAUCCGCAGCUUGGCCAUGUUGGUUUACAUGAGCAUGAAGCUCGAUCCAAAUUUCCUGGGCGGAAGAUUCAGGUCGCUAGCAUGCCGAUGUCUUACGUUGCCCGGGCACUGGAGACGGAUGAAUCUAGAGGAAUGAUGAAAGCCGUAGUCGAUGCUGAGUCGCAGCAGAUUCUUGGAUUUACGUGUUUGGGGAUAGAGGGAGGCGAAAUAAUGAGCCUGGUAGAGAUGGCGAUGAUUGGAAAAGUUAAAUGGCCAGCUCUAAGUAAUGCUAUAUGGGCACACCCAUCACUAGCGGAGAGCUUGAACAAUAUCUGGGGGUUUCUGAAAUAG